UAUGAGAGGAUAGUACAAAGAUAGACAGAGGUGCUUUCUACAUUGCCAGCUGAGAGGAGGCCACUGUAGAGCUAGGAAUGCAAGAGUCCUGGAGCCACCAAAACCCCAAACCCCUGCACAGAAGGGUCAGAAUUGACACUGUGCAUGAAUGCUCAGCUCUUGUUCCCAGAUGUGGUCCAUGUAAAGGACACUUAAGUACUAAGAGUAAUGCUUUCUGCGUUGACUCCUGUCGAAAUCUAACUAGCCAAUACCUGAUUAGAGAUCACAUGGUGUUUCAUUAUAACAGAAUUCUUUCAGCCAAAGCAGCUGUAGACUGUUCAGUGCCUAAAAGUAGGUUGACCUGCAUCAAAUUUGCAGACCAGCAAAGAAGAGAGAAACUGAAAAAGAAGAUAUCCAAGUGUGAAGAGAAAAUGAGUGUGUGUGAAGCUGUCCCUCAAUCCAGUUCAGGAGACGAUGGAAGGCUGCUGCCAUCCACUUUUAGAAAGAGUUUCUUGGAAGUAGAAGACAAUCCCUACCCCUGUGCUGGGCAGGCACAGUACCUAUCAUGGGCACCAUCUCCUCAUGGCGAGCAUUGCUUGGUUCACUCCAGUCCCGUAAAACACACCAGGAAAUGUUCUUGGAAUACAUCCAGGAUAUAUCAUUCAAACUCAAAUGUCUGCCUGUCAAGGCCAAGUAAACACUGUGCAUUGUCACACAGUCACUCCACCGAGAGUGUCGUGAGCGUUGGUUGUUCCAAGAGGCGUCAAGGAAGCAACCCCAGAGAGAGCUGCGGGGAUCUUCUAGAGCGGCACUCUGAAUGCUUCACUAAGGUCCGAAAACCUUUUACUCCACGCACCUUAAUAUCAGAUGCUAAACCUUUCCUGUCAGAGUACAGGUAUUACACUCCUGCUCGAAGGAAGAAGAAAAAUCGCCACAGGCACUGUGUGGAAGCUCAAACACAGACGGAUGUGAUCAGCUUUCCAUCUGCAGACAAAGUAUAUGUGAGAAAAGUUACGAGUGAACAGCAGACAAUCACAUCAGAGGCUGAAGAUAAAAGAUGUACUUGCGAUGAGCCUGAGGGAGGAAUAGAUGGUUUUCAAUGCUCCAAGCAAAGAGAGACAUCAUGGCAUCCUCAGAAGUCUUCACCAAGGAGGACUGUCAGUGCUGAAGAAGAGGAGCUUUUAUAUUUAACUUUCAUUGAAGAUGUAACAAAUGAAAUUCUUAGACUUGGGUUGUUUUCUAACAGGGUUCUGGAUCAACUGUUUGAGUGCCAUAUAGAAGCAAAUAAGAACCGCCUUGAUGAGGGCAGAAUGCGCCAGAUGUUGGAUGUGCUGAAAUCAGACCUCGGCUGUGGCCAGGACAGUGAGACGGAGCUAAUCCAUGCAGGCCAGGAUUCCUUGGACCCGCUGGAUCUGCAGGAGCACGUGAUAGAAGAGCUCGGGUUUACCAGGAAAGGUCACAGGCUGAGGAAAUGUACAAAAAGUGAAGAAUUCCUCUCAACCAUGGACUCGUCAAAAUGUGAAUCACUGUCAUGGAGCGAAGGGUCAGCAGAGACACAGAGCAGGGAAGACUCUUCAGAAGAUAGCACAGAAAUGAGGGAUGCUGCGACAGAGUCUGAGUUCUGUGAUGUGGAAUUUGAAGAACACCCAGACACUUCACCCCGCCGCUGUGAGGCAGCUUUAAACUCAAUUGCUUGUGACAGUGAUUUGGAACUCAAAAAGGAACUUGAUGAACUUGAGGCAGACUUUGCAGACCUUCACCUUUCACAUAAGUAUUCAUAACAGUAACGAAAACUUACCUGUUAAACAGAGAUAGAGCUCCUUCUGUGGUGAACUGCCAUUUGUCAACCAGUAGUAAAUUGUUUGGUUUAUUUUCAGGUAUUUCUGUUUAAAGAUUACUAAGAUCUCUCUAGCAGGAUACAAUUAAUUGGGCAUUAAUCUGUAUCAAUUAGAUCUCUAAGGAUAAAAAGUCAGUUUUCAGAAGAAUUUUGCAUAUUUUGCCUAUAAUUGUAUAACUCGAAAGAAACUUGAGAAUAUUAAAAUUAGAAUUUUAUAUUUUAGAGCUGUAAUAGUAAGUUAUUAAAUAUUUAUUGUUUUAAAUAAAUUAAUUGAUAGUGC